UAUUGGUUGGCAGACAGUCGUUUUCCAGUCACAAUAUGGCGCCUCUGGCUUAAUUGUGACAGCCAGCUGUUCGUCGCCUGUCUGCAGGGGAAUCUGCUGGACACACGCAGGGAGAUCUUCCCACCACAGUGCCGGGCCAUAGGCAGUGGAGGCAACAUGGAACCCUGCUCAUGUGACACUUUCGUAGCCCUCCCACCUUCCACGGUUGGUGCCCGGAUUAUUUUUGGAAAGAACUCGGACAGGCCUAGCGAUGAAGUACAGGAGAUUGUAUACUUUCCUGGAAAGUCUUAUGGAGCAGGAGAGGAGCUGGAGUGCACAUACAUUAAGAUUGAGCAAGUGGGGAAGACACAUGCCGUGGUAUUGAGUCGGCCUUCAUGGUUGUGGGGAGCUGAGAUGGGAGCCAAUGAAUUUGGUGUUUGCAUUGGAAAUGAAGCAGUGUGGGGAAAGGAAGAAAUUGAUGAUGAAGAAGCACUUCUUGGCAUGGACCUUGUCAGACUUGGUUUAGAGAGAGCAGACACAGCAGAAGGAGCCCUGGAUGUCAUUGUUGGCCUGUUAGAAAAGUACGGACAAGGAGGCAACUGCAACGAAAGUCCGAUGACAUUUAACUACCACAACAGUUUCCUGAUAGCGGACAGAAAGGAAGCCUGGAUCCUGGAGACUGCUGGCCGGUAUUGGGCUGCAGAGAGAGUAGAUGAAGGUAUAAAGAAUAUAUCCAACAACCUUUCCAUCACCACCAAGAUUGAUCGUGAGCACCCAAGAAUGAAGGAGUACGCCAAGACGAAAGGCUGGUGGGAUGGGAAAAAAGAGUUUAAUUUUGCUGCGGUGUAUUCCUAUUUCAACCCCUCUAGAUCGUCAUCUUCUGGAGACAGAUUUUGUGAAGGCUACAAACUGCUCAGAAAACACAAAGGAAACAUCACGGCUGAGAGUAUGAUGGAAAUUCUGUCAGACAAGCCAAGUGGCAUUAAUAUGGAGGGCGGCUUUAUGACAACUGGAAGCAUGGUGUCCAUCCUGCCACAGGAUCCAUCCCAGCCCUGCUGCCACUUUUUUACUGGAACUCCAGACCCCUCCAGAUCUGUGUUCAAGCCCUUCAUUUUUGUGCCCCAGGUUCAGCAGUUUGUAAGAACAGCUUCACCCGUGUUGGGCUCUGAUGAUCCCGUCAAAUUAAAUCCAAGAUUCCAGACAAGACCAGACAGGAGGCACGAGCUUUAUAAGAAGCAUGAAAGAGCUCUGAGGUCCAAGGAAACAUCACAGGUAAAGGAGUUGUUGAAAAAAAUUAAAAACUUUGAAAAACAGAAACUGGAAGAGGUAGACUCAUUGCUACAGAAUGGAACUAAUGAUACCCCUGCUGUAGCUUUACUGUUUUCCAAAUGUGUGGAGGAAGAAAUGAAGAUCUAUGAGUGAUUGCAGCAUGACACUUUGCAGAAUCAAAUAUUAAAUAAGAGUUAUCGGCCAUUUCAUGUAAAAACAGGUUUGUGAAUCUGAAUAGGAUGCGAUAAAAUUUGCUUUGCCAUCUGUCACUCAUGUAUACAUACAGUAUACUGUAUAUAUACCCCUGACUUUCACACUAAUGGGAAGGCUUUCUACAAAAUAUUGGUGUGUGUCUGUGGAAUUUUGUGGCCAUUAAACUAGAAAAAAAUUGUGAUAUCAAGUACUUGUGUUAGAUGAAAAGAAUUCUCGCAAUCCCAUGUUACAAAUCCUCUCAAAGAUGUUUAAUAGGGUUAAAGUCAGGGGUGUCUGUGCAGGCCAUUUGCAUUCCUCCACAUUAAAUAUCUCAAGUCAUAGUGCCAUUGGCUAUUUUUGGAUCAGA